ACACUUUAUAAUUUCAACAAUCAUAGGCAUUAUAUCCUGCUCUUGGUUCCUAUAGCAAGGAAAACCAGAACCCAUGAAUUGGACUAUUUCUCUAAACUACGAGAGAUUCUCACAAACAAAUCCAAAAACUUAUCCAGAUGUCGAGUGUGGCUCAUUGCUUGCAGAGAGUUUGCUCCUUUGUUCCAGCUCGAGCAAGAUGCAUGGCGAUGAGCAGCAGCAACAAGAGGAGCAAUCUAUUGGAGGAGUACAGCCGAAAGAAGAGGUCAGAAGUUCUCUUGGUGCACACCCAGGAUGAUGUUGUGCUUGUCUAUAAGGGAGUGUCGUCCUCGCUGCUCAAAGCCACGGCCUUGGAUCUCUCGGACUCGGUGCUGGACGAGGAAAACACCACCAUCAAGCACAUUGAUCGCGUCCGUGCUCCCUACAACCCCUCCAAUACUGAAUACAUAUCACAAGAGAUGAGUUGGGAUGAUUUCUUGAAGCUGGCGCAAGAAUCGAGUUUGGAUUGUGCAUGAGAAAAAAAAUGUUUCCAGUGAUCUUUGGAAGAACUUGAGAAAGAGUCUUUUGUGGA